AUGACGGACAUCUUUAUCUCUCCAUCCGAGGAUCUUUAUAUUGUGACAGACUGUAUGAUGACAGAUCUUCAUCGCCUUUUGCAAGCGUCGUCAAAGCCUUUGGAGCGUCAAUUUAUUCAGUUCUUUACCUAUCAAAUGCUGCGUGGAUUAAAAUACAUUCAUUCGGCCGGAGUGAUUCACCGCGACCUCAAGCCAAGCAACAUUUUGAUCAACGACAACUGCGACCUGAAGAUUUGUGACUUUGGUUUGGCCCGAGAACAAGACGCCCAAAUGACCGGCUACGUCGCCACACGAUACUACCGUGCGCCGGAGAUCAUGCUGACCUGGCAGAAUUACAACUACGCCGUGGAUAUGUGGAGCGUUGGGUGUAUUCUGGCAGAGAUGAUUCUAGGGAAAGUUCUCUUUCCUGGGAAAGACCAUGUGCAUCAGUUCAUCCUAAUUACCGAGCUUCUGGGGAAGCCGUCUGCGGAGGUUAUGAAGAGAGUCUACAGCAAGAGUACGUUGAAAUUCGUGGACUCGCUACCAGAGAAAGAGUCCUGGGGGCUUACAUCUUUCCUUGGAGAUGCGGACCGUCAAGCAACUGAUCUCGUAGAGAAAAUGCUUAACAUCGAUCCACAUGGGAGACUCACCACGGCGGAUGCUAUUAAGCAUCCAUAUGUCGUGACCUACCAGGACCCUGACGACGAGCCUGUCUGUAAUAGUCAGCUUGAUUGGUCUUUGUUGGAUUCAGAGCUUUCAGCUGACGAGUGGAAGAGCACAAUGUAUUUCGAAGUUCUGAACUAUCAUCGUGGUGCCUGCGACUGGCAAAAUGAUGAUCCAGCCAAUGGAAAGUUUGAGGAUCUUCUGUUGACCGAAGAGAUGAGUGGGACAUACUAG